ACCAGCCGCUGCCGAUCGCCCCCUCCCUCCGCAGGGCACAGCGUUUCUCUGCCGGCCGGGCCGCCGAACGCCUGGAAGCGCAGCCACGUCGCAAGGCGCGCUGGGGAGUCGGGACUGAGCCGCCGCAGCACCGGGAGGAGGAGGAGGAGGAGGAAGAAGAACAUGGCGGCGGAGUCGGGCUGGGAGUGAAGCCGCCGCCUGCGACCGGAACCCAUGGGGAAGACGGGGCGCUGAGCUCGGCCGGCCGUUCACCCUGUCCCUGGACGGGCAGUGUCCGCAGGCCCCGGGCAGCCCGGGCGGGAAGGAGGGCGGCUCCUUGGAGCCCCGCGCUGACGGACGGCGAGCGAGGGGCUUCGGGCCUGGGCAGCUGCUGCACAAUAGAGCCGGGCUACAGGCCGGGGCGAGCGGCCCCUCUCCCGCCUGCCUCCCUUCCUCUGAUUCCCUCCGGCCUCACCAGCUUCCCCCCUGUUUUCCUCGGCAGGGCUCCGGCUUCCAGGAACGCCUGCUCCUGUCACGCUGGGCCGGCUGCAGUCCGCCGCCGCUUCCACUACCGUGGAUCCCCUUUUCCUCCGGGAUCCCUUCUUCGCCGCCUCUCCUGCCUGCCCUUCGCCCGGCAAAGAGCCUCUCUCCUCUCUGCGGCUCUCCCUCCCUAGGCUUACUCGCCUUUUGUGCAGCGUCUGACUGUACCUGAAGAAGCAGCUCCCCUUUUUACAUCUUCACCUCUUGGUUCUCCCUCUUCCCCAAUCCUCUGUUACCCUCGAUAAUGAGGAUCCCGUUGGGGCACUGAAGAGGAGUAAGAGCUUGCUUGGCGUGCCCGUGUGGGGCUGCUGCCUUCCUUUCCGCUCCCCUCCCCUGAGGGGGGCCUGGCCCCCGACCAGCCUUCUGCUCCUCCAGCGAUUGCCAGCCAGAGUGGUGGCUGCGGUGUGGCAGGCGGCAGGAUGACGGACACCCGGCGGAGGGUGAAGGUUUACACGCUAAAUGAGGACCGCCAGUGGGAUGAUCGAGGCACAGGGCAUGUGUCCUCUUGCUACGUGGAGAGGCUCAAGGGCAUGUCCCUGCUAGUCAGGGCAGAAAGUGAUGGCUCUCUUCUUUUGGAGUCCAAAAUUAAUCCGAACACUGCGUACCAGAAGCAACAGGUGGUCUUCCUAAAUCCCUUUCUUCUGUGUACCACCUCUUCCUCAACCCUUUGGAAAAGGAAAAGAGUGUCUUCUGGGGCCUACAAAAAUGAAAAAAAAAAAAAAUACUGUAACUUUCAUCCUACAGAUACCUUGAUUGUGUGGUCUGAAGCUGAAAAUUAUGAUUUGGCACUUAGCUUUCAAGAAAAAGCAGGUUGUGAUGAAAUAUGGGAAAAAAUAUGUCAGGUUCAAGGCAAAGACCCUUCUGUCGAUAUUACUCAGGAUCUUGUUGAUGAAUCUGAGGAGGAGCGCUUUGAUGAUAUGUCAUCACCAGGUCUAGAAUUGCCAUCCUGUGAACUCAGCCGACUAGAAGAAAUCGCAGAACUCGUGGCAUCUUCACUGCCUUCACCCUUACGUCGCGAAAAACUCGCACUAGCACUGGAAAAUGAGGGUUACAUUAAGAAGCUCUUAGAAAUUUUUCAUGUGUGCGAAGACUUGGAGAACAUUGAAGGACUACACCACUUAUACGAAAUUAUUAAGGGAAUUUUCCUUUUGAACAGAACUGCACUUUUUGAAGUCAUGUUUUCCGAGGAAUGUAUAAUGGAUGUAAUUGGAUGCCUAGAAUAUGAUCCGUCUUUAUCACAGUCACGGAAACACAGGGAAUUUCUGACUAAAACAGCAAAAUUUAAAGAGGUGAUACCUAUAUCUGAUCCAGAGCUGAAGCAAAAAAUACAUCAGACAUACAGAGUACAGUAUAUUCAAGAUAUGGUCCUACCCACUCCCUCAGUUUUUGAGGAAAAUAUGCUAUCAACACUUCAUUCUUUCAUCUUUUUUAAUAAAGUGGAAAUAGUUGGCAUGUUACAGGAAGAUGAAAAAUUUCUGACAGAUUUGUUUGCACAACUAACAGAUGAAGCCACAGAUGAGGAGAAAAGACAGGAAUUGGUAAAUUUUCUGAAAGAGUUUUGUGCAUUCUCACAAACACUGCAACCUCAAAACAGAGAUGCAUUUUUCAAAACUUUGUCAAAUAUGGGCAUACUGCCUGCCCUAGAAGUCAUAUUGGGUAUGGAUGAUGCACAAGUACGAAGUGCAGCCACUGAUAUAUUCUCAUAUUUGGUUGAAUACAACCCAUCCAUGGUACGAGAAUUUGUCAUGCAGGAAGCGCAGCAGAAUGAUGAUGAUAUAUUACUCAUUAACCUCAUUAUAGAACACAUGAUUUGUGACACAGAUCCAGAACUUGGAGGAGCAGUGCUACUCAUGGGUUUGCUCCGUACUUUAGUUGAUCCAGAAAAUAUGCUUGCCACUGCUAAUAAAACAGAAAAGACAGAAUUCUUGGGUUUCUUCUACAAACAUUGUAUGCAUGUUCUGACAGCCCCUUUAUUGGCCAAUACUACAGAGGACAAGCCUAGCAAAGAUGAUUUUCAGACAGCCCAACUCUUGGCAUUAAUACUGGAAUUGCUAACUUUCUGUGUAGAACAUCAUACCUAUCACAUAAAAAACUACAUUAUUAACAAAGAUAUCCUGCGAAGGGUCCUUGUUCUCAUGGCCUCAAAGCACGCUUUCUUGGCAUUGUGUGCCCUUCGUUUCAAGAGAAAGAUAAUUGGGCUAAAGGAUGAAUUCUACAACCGUUACAUAAUGAAAAGUUUUUUGUUUGAACCCGUGGUCAAAGCAUUUCUAAAUAAUGGUUCCCGUUAUAAUCUGAUGAACUCUGCCAUAAUAGAGAUGUUCGAAUUUAUCAGAGUGGAAGAUAUAAAAUCAUUAACGGCUCAUGUAAUUGAAAAUUACUGGAAGGCACUGGAAGAUGUAGAUUAUGUGCAGACAUUCAAAGGACUGAAACUACGAUUUGAACAACAAAGGGAAAGACAAGAUAAUCCAAAACUUGACAGCAUGCGCUCCAUUUUGAGAAACCACAGGUACAGAAGGGAUGCAAGAACCCUGGAGGAUGAGGAGGAAAUGUGGUUUAAUACUGAUGAGGAUGAUAUGGAAGAUGGAGAGGCAGUAGUGCCCCCUUCUGACAAGCCUAAAAAUGAUGAGGAUAUUAUGGACCCUAUCAGCAAAUUCAUGGAAAGAAAAAAAUUGAAAGAGAGUGAAGAAAAGGAAGUUCUUCUGAAAACUAACCUUUCAGGUCGUCAGAGCCCAAGUUUCAAGCUUUCUUUUUCUAGUGGUACAAAAUCUAACCUUACCAGCCAGUCAUCUGCAAGUAAUCUGCCUGGAUCUCCUGGGUCCCCUGGGUCUCCAGGGUCCCCUGGCUCACCUGGAUCAGUUUCUAAAAGCACAUCUCAGAUGGCAGCUAUUACAACUAAGGGAGGCCUCGUUGGGCUUGUAGAUUAUCCUGAUGAUGAUGAAGAGGAUGAUGAAGAUGAAGAUAAAGAGGAAACUUUACCUUUGUCAAAGAAAGCAAAGCUUGAGUCAUCAUAAUGGCAACUGCUGAAGAUUACCAGUUGGGGAAGGAUUUUUUUCCAAAAACAAAACAAACCCACAGCAAAGCAGCAAUCUUUUGUGAAUUACUGUGUAUGACACAGAUCAACCUAUACAAAUGGAUUUCUGCCAAUCAAGUGCCAAUUCAAAGGAGCAGAAGAAGGAGAAAUACUUCAUUUAGGGGAAAGACUUAUGCCUUUGAGCUCUCCAGCUUGGACCACAUGUUGCCCUUUUCUCAGGGAAGGAAAUGGAAAACAAAACAAAACAAAAAAAGAAAAAAAAAAAAAAAAAAAGAAAAAAAAAAGCCAACAGGGCAGGAGUUUUGUUAGUGGAACUCUGGAUUGGCUGGUCAGUUGCUACAAUCAGAAUAUGCUUUCUUGGACCAUGUAUGAGACUUCUGAAGAAAAGGCGGGUUUUGCCAUAAUUCUUCACUAGUUAAGAAUGCCAGCAGUUUCUUUGUAUAAAAGAGACCUGCCUUUGAAAUCGUACAUUCUGAACAUUUUACUCGAGCUACAACAGGUUUUAAAAACCUCUGCGGGGGAGGGCUGAAUAUAAAGUUUCCUCUUUUUUUUAAAUCUGUUCCCUUUGCCCUUUAAACUGCAGAUUUUUUUUUUGAGGUGGGGGAUUUGUUUGUCCCUUCUUGAUUAAAGAUUGAGUGGAAUUCUA